UGAGCGAGGGAGCCACGAGGAAGGAGAGCGCGCCCGCCGCCGCCGCCGCCGCCGCCGCCCUCCUCCGGAGACAGGCUGGAGAGAGGCUGUGUGAAGCGCCGCAUUUCAAUGAGGAGCGGCCGAGGCACGUCCCUGCACUAGCGGCCGCAGCCCAGACGCCCGCGCUCCAGCCGCCGUCGCCGCCCAGCCCCGGCCCCGCCGCCGCCCAGCCGCCCGCAGCCCGGCCGCGCCCAGCCCGGCGAGGACAGCACCAGGAGGCGCCCCGAGCGCGGCCACAAAGACCCCCGGCGGCGUCUCUCCGCGGACCGGUUCAACUUUCGUCCCAUCAUGUCCUUCGGCAGAGACAUGGAGCUGGAGCACUUUGAUGAGCGGGAUAAGGCGCAGAGAUACAGCAGAGGGUCGCGGGUGAACGGGCUGCCCAGCCCCACGCACAGCGCCCAUUGCAGCUUCUACCGAACCCGCACGCUGCAGACCCUCAGCUCUGAGAAGAAGGCCAAGAAAGUUCGCUUCUAUCGAAACGGAGAUCGAUACUUCAAAGGGAUUGUGUAUGCCAUCUCCCCAGACCGAUUCCGAUCUUUUGAGGCCCUGCUGGCUGAUUUGACCCGAACUCUGUCAGAUAACGUGAAUUUGCCCCAGGGGGUGAGAACAAUCUACACCAUUGAUGGGCUCAAGAAGAUUUCCAGCCUGGACCAGCUGCUGGAAGGAGAGAGUUAUGUCUGUGGCUCAAUAGAGCCCUUCAAGAAGCUGGAGUACACCAAGAACGUGAACCCCAACUGGUCGGUGAACGUCAAGACCACCUCCGCGUCCCGGGCCGUGUCCUCACUGGCCACCGCCAAGGGGAGCCCUUCGGAGGUGCGGGAAAAUAAAGAUUUCAUUCGGCCCAAGCUGGUCACCAUCAUCCGAAGUGGGGUGAAGCCGCGGAAGGCUGUCAGGAUUCUGCUGAACAAGAAGACGGCUCACUCCUUUGAGCAGGUGCUCACCGACAUAACCGACGCCAUCAAGCUGGACUCGGGAGUGGUGAAGCGCCUCUACACCCUGGACGGGAAGCAGGUGAUGUGCCUUCAGGACUUUUUUGGUGACGAUGACAUUUUUAUUGCAUGUGGACCGGAGAAGUUCCGUUACCAGGAUGAUUUCUUGCUAGAUGAAAGUGAAUGUCGAGUGGUGAAAUCCACUUCCUACACCAAAAUAGCUUCCUCCUCCCGCCGGAGCACCACCAAGAGCCCAGGACCUUCCCGGCGCAGCAAAUCCCCGGCAUCCACCAGCUCAGUUAAUGGGACCCCCGGUAGUCAGCUUUCAACUCCGAGAUCGGGCAAGUCUCCGAGCCCAUCACCCACCAGCCCGGGAAGCCUGCGGAAGCAGAGGAGUUCCCAGCAUGGCGGCUCCUCCACUUCGCUGGCAUCCACCAAAGUCUGCAGCUCGAUGGACGAGAACGACGGACCUGGAGAAGGCGAAGUGUCGGAGGAAGGCUUCCAGAUUCCAGCCACAAUAACAGAACGAUAUAAAGUCGGAAGGACAAUAGGAGAUGGCAAUUUUGCUGUUGUCAAGGAGUGUGUAGAGAGGUCAACUGCUAGGGAGUACGCCCUGAAAAUUAUCAAGAAAAGCAAGUGUCGAGGCAAAGAGCACAUGAUCCAGAAUGAGGUGUCUAUUUUAAGAAGAGUGAAGCAUCCCAAUAUCGUUCUCCUGAUCGAAGAGAUGGAUGUGCCAACCGAACUGUAUCUCGUCAUGGAAUUAGUGAAGGGAGGCGACCUCUUCGAUGCCAUCACUUCCACUAACAAGUACACCGAGCGAGACGCCAGUGGGAUGCUGUACAACCUGGCCAGCGCCAUCAAAUACCUGCACAGCCUCAACAUCGUCCACCGGGACAUCAAGCCGGAGAACCUGCUGGUGUAUGAACACCAAGAUGGCAGCAAAUCGCUGAAACUGGGCGACUUUGGGCUGGCCACCAUCGUAGACGGCCCCCUGUACACCGUCUGUGGCACCCCGACAUACGUGGCUCCAGAAAUCAUUGCAGAGACUGGAUACGGCCUCAAGGUGGACAUCUGGGCAGCUGGUGUCAUCACUUACAUCCUGCUGUGUGGCUUCCCUCCGUUCCGUGGGAGCGGUGAUGACCAGGAGGUGCUUUUUGAUCAGAUUCUGAUGGGGCAAGUGGACUUCCCUUCUCCGUAUUGGGAUAAUGUUUCUGAUUCUGCAAAGGAGCUCAUUACCAUGAUGCUGUUGGUGGAUGUUGAUCAGCGAUUUUCAGCCGUGCAAGUCCUUGAACAUCCCUGGGUGAACGAUGACGGCCUCCCAGAAAAUGAGCAUCAGCUGUCAGUAGCAGGAAAGAUAAAGAAGCAUUUCAACACAGGCCCCAAACCGAACAGCACAGCAGCUGGAGUUUCUGUCAUAGCAACCACCGCUCUUGAUAAGGAGAGGCAGGUUUUCCGACGAAGACGCAACCCGGAUGUGAGGAGCCGGUACAAGGCCCAGCCUGCUCCGCCUGAACUCAACUCGGAAUCGGAAGACUACUCCCCAAGCUCCUCCGAGACUGUUCGCUCCCCAAAUUCACCCUUUUAAUAAGAAGUCCUAGCUUAACCCUUUGAGACUCUGAGAUUUUUUUUUUUUUCCAAAUUUAUGUAAAACGGUUUCAUCUGAUCUCCCUAGCACUCAAUGCUUGAACAGCCGAGCAGAAAAGUGUGUGUUCUGGGGUCCUUGUACUGAGUUCCCUUUGCUGAAUGAGACAAUGACAUGCUGUUGGUGAAGAUGGCAACUUGCUACUGAUCAGGUCCUCAAAGGGUUAAGGCUGUUUUGCAACUUUUUUAAACAGAGAAGCAAUGAAUGUUUUCAUCAGUCAAGCUAGGCUCUGCAGUAUGUAAUAUGGCACUUGUUAACCCUCUGAGUAUACAGGGUUCUGUGGAGAACCUUGGGGGAUUUUUUAGGCCUUUGGAUUUAUAUUCACAUGUUUCUUGAUCUUGCUACAGAUCAGGGGGUGUUAAUAUAUGCCGAGAGGUCCAGACAAGAAGAGCGUCUAGAACGAUAUCUUGCUUGUCCUUUUUUCUGGGUUUAGAACCUGGCAAGUUCAUAACUUAAGCAUCAGCAUCCUCUCUCCUCUUCAGAAUCCUAUUAAGAAAGGGACUCUCUUCACUGGAGGUCUUAACUGUCAGCUGCCCUGAGUCCUGCAUUCUGAGUGGAGGGUCUUGGGUCUGCAGCCAACAGCCUUUGACCCAGGAAAUAGACGAUGUCCCCUCCCUGAAACUGUCUCCAUAGGAAGAUGUGCUGAUGAUGCCCCAGAAAUGCUGCUUCCACUUCAGCUGCUGCUACUGCCAGCACAGACCCUUGUCACCGUAACUUGUCCUGUGCUUGGUGAGUGAGGGUCUGCUUGCUCAGUAUGAGACAUCUACAGGAAAAAAAAAAAAAAAAAAAAACAAAACCGGUGGAAAAGAGCAAUAAAUUUCCAGGUGCUCUAUAGGGCUGGAACUUGCAACAGAAAGAGGCAACAAGAUCCUGUUCUUUUUCUCACCCGCCUUUUCAUGCAUUUCUGUCUUCAGUGUGAAAUUCACAUGGAGUAUGAAAUCCACACACAAGAGGAGCUCUGGGGUACCAGGGACCAGAGGCAAGUGCUUUGCAAGGUGACUGAGAAAGCAGAGUGGGCAAUCUAGAAUGUUCUAAAAAUGAGUUUGAAAGAAAUAACCAUCAGUAAGAUAAUUUCACCUGCACCGUUAGGUUAUCUACAUAUAGCCUCCCAGGGAGAACAGGAUAGGAGACCCAGAAGGCACCCCUGGAGGGAAACUUUCAUUCCCUAAGACGGCCUUUUUAUAGGGCUAUCUUCACCUGUCCACAAGGAGAUGCUUGCUGUUUUCUCUCUUUGGGCCGAGUUCUGUUCAACAUCUCUAUUUUAUUCCUGUUACAAAUCUUUCUCCUUAGCCUUGUGCUUCAAGCUGCUUCUGGAAUGUGUUACCUUCGGAAUGGGGGCCAGCUGCUGCCUAGAGUUACUGCAUUGCUUUAAGGAAGUGGCUGGCCACAGUGUCUGAGGGCAGGUGCGCAACUCAAACGUUCUCCCAAGUUUGCUCGGCACUGUGGCGCAGGAGAUAACCAGUGAGUGAUAGCUCGUGAAAUCUGCAUCUUGGUGGCCGAACAUUACUCUUUGUCUCUGCUUUGGAAUACACUUCAAAUAUCUGAACAUCUUGAAAUUUGUAUAUGAUGUAGUUCUUUAUUUUUAAAUACACAUUGGUCUUCGAUGGCUGCUUUUUACUCUUUAAUUCAUAGGCAUACGGUCUACAUUAGUACAGAGUUUUAAAUCACAGCACGUCAUGGCUUUUGCAACAUAGUCCCCUCGGUUUUUGGCUCUUCCAUGUUUAGGUUUAUCUCUUUGGUCUAUGUUGUAAAUGACCCAUGUAAACUUUAGAUCAUUUUAUUGAGAGUCCCUCCCCCUCCUUUUUAGACAGUCUUGAAAUCUUAACACACAACAUCGCAAAGAAGCACCGAUCUGUUGGGUUUGGGGGAAGGAGGGGGAGCGAAGAACACCAGGAAGGGUGUGGUGUGUAGGCAGUUUCCCUGUCGGUCAAGUACCCUGAACUGGUCAGAAGUUACUGCUUUCUCUAGAACAUCAGAGCAAAGCACUAUUCUAAGUAAGACUAAGGAGUGGGUACAUAGCUUGGCCUCAACUCUGAAUGUGUGAAUAUAAAAAAAAAAUCCCAUGGGCAGAGACCUACCUGCAGGAGAUGGUCACUUUUGUUUCUCUGAAUUACUGCUUUUCCCACGAGCAUUAUGUGUAUUGCUCCAGCGUCUAGUGUACAGACCUUUCAGUGCAUGGCCGUUUUCCAUCCAAGUCUUGAAGGACUGUGGCCCGUGUGAAGCUGUGGCAUGUUUCCCAGAACACUGCAGAGGGGCAGCUCAGAAGAAUGCAGGGCCAUUCAGCAUGGGGACCCCAGCGCAUCGCUGUAGAAUUUGAGUGAUCUAUGCUGAAUAAAGAGAGGAAUGUGACCUGUCAAGUAGAAAUAUUGAGUAAUCAGAUGGAAUGCAAUCUUUUCAGCAUGAAGCUAUCGAGAUCCUGAAUGUCAGAGACGUACUCAGAGGGUUAACAGACAAGCACAAGGCAUGCUGAUUACGUGGGUAUACCCAGACUGCUUUGCUUUUAGCCAGUGCUUUCUAAUUUUUUUCAUGACAUUCUUGGGAUAGUUCAAGUUUGAAAUAAUUAAGUGGUGGUGUUCUUUAAGGAAUUUCUAUAACCAAAUUGAUCUUAUUUUUUAUUUCACUUUAUUAUAGAAUAAAUAUGUAUCAUUAUGGCAGUGUACCUCUGUAAUUAUCAAUUUAAUCCUUGCCACAAGUGUCUCCAUAUUUUUUCUUCUAAGUAUUUAAUAUAGCUCUUACGGUGGUGGCCUGGUGAUGGCGACUGUCUUUCCUCUAUUGAUACAUGACCCACCGUACGGUAUUUUCAAGGGGAUUUUAAGAUUCAUUUUGUUUCAGUUUGGUAGUAGACUAGUUAAGGAAAAACUCAUUAUUUGCAUCGUGUAAACCAUCUCUGUAGAUGAGAACUGUUCAUACUGAUGAACACACUUUUUCUUGACAUCGUAGCAGAAAUCAUUUUGUCAUAAUCAAUGAAUAUGUGAUUUGCUCCAGAUCAUUAGAAGGAAAAGUAAGAUUUCAGUUAUUGAAAAUGUUUUUACUGUAGCCCUCAUCUAACUUACACGUGGUGCAUACUAAAAUUAACAGAGAAAAAAAUGCAAAUAAACCGCUGAAAACACUUGGUGUUUUGUAUUCAGUGAGAACUUCCUCGAACCUACUCAGCACCCCCAUGGGUGGUGGCUAACGGGCCCAUCAUAUAUUGUUGAAAGAAAGCAAUAUAUCCAUGAAUGAAGGCUAAAAUUGCAAUCCUUUACCCUCUGAGGCAUAUUUCAGUUGGGAACAAACAAAAAGAAAAAUUGGCUUAGCUUAGAGGGUCACCGAGCUGCUGUAUGACCAAGGCUCACGCACAUUAAAUCAUGGUUGUUUGCUGGCCAGCAGUGCCCAUUAGACAACUCUUUUCCUCGCACUGAAGGGCAAUUGUGCUUGAGGGAGAGCGUUAAUAUUAUUGUGUUGCCUGCUAGCCCUUCUCUGAGUCAGGAUCUGUCAGCAUUUCCAUGAUAAACUUCUAAUUUCAGAGGUUUUUAAUUUGACCAUAAAAAGGUGCCCCAGGCUGAAGUUUGCUAUAUAGAGGGCCUGUUCCAAAGAGUGAAGGUUCGCUUCCUUCUUUUCUUUGCCCAGUUCUCCCCAGGAAAGAACAGCCAAAAAAUCUGGUAUGUCCCCUCCUUCACUGUAAUUUUAGAAUGUUGGAAAGCACCAAGAUCCAAGGUGGUAGUGAAUUAUUCAUUGGGAUGUGGGUUUAAAAAAAUUAACGAGUCACCUGGCACAUAUUGUAGAUAACAUAUCUUUUCUAUAAUCUGUAAAUCAUUAAUUUUUUAAAUUGCUACAUGACUUUUUUUGGGGUGGGGUGGGGAGUACAGUCAAAGAUUUUUUUCAAACUUGAAGUUGGUCUGCUCAAGGGUUAGCCUUUUCUGCGUGUUGUCUGCCAUUUCCAUUAGGGGUUUGGGAAACAUACUCUCAGAAAGACCCUUAUUUUGCAUGCAGUGAUAGAGGGUCAGAUAUUUACUUCUUUGGGAAAUACGGAUUUCUUUAUUUAAUCAAAUUUCAUGAAGCCAUGUGAAGGAAAAUAGUGAUUAAAAGCACUUCCAAAAUUAACAUUUUUGUCAAUUCAGAUAUGAUAAGAACACGUGAAUACUUCACACUUUGUUUUAAAGACAAAAAAAAAAAAUUAACAAAACUUGAGGACACAUUUGAUCCCUGCAAAUGUG